AAAUGUAGAGAAUGUGGUAAAGCCUUUACUCAGCGCUCAUAUCUUACUAGACAUGAGAGAAUUCAUACCAGAGAGAAGCCUUACAAAUGUGAAAAAUGUAGCAAAGCCUUUACUCACCAUUCACACUUUACUCAACACAUGAAAAUUCAUGAUGGAGAGAAACCUUGAAACUGUGAAUAUGACAACAUGUCAUUUAACCAAUCUUUAUAUCUUACUGAACAUGAGAAUAUUCAUCCUGGGGAGGAAGCUUACAAAUGUGUUCCGUGUGGGAGAGUCUUUAGUCGAUUAUCCAGCCUAAACGGACAUAGGAAAAUCCAUACUGGAGUGAAGGCUUACAAAUGUAGAGAAUGUGACAAAACCUUUAUUCAACUUUCAAACCUUGCUAGACAUGAGAGAAUGCAUACUGGAGAUAAGCCUUACAAAUGUAGAGAAUGUGCUAAAGCCUUUAUUUGUCGUUCGUAUCUCCCUAUACAUGAGAGAAUUCAUACUGGAGAGAAACCUUACAAAUGUAGAAAAUGUGGUAAAGCCUUUAAUUGGCAUUCAUCUUUUAUUAAGCAUGAGAGAAUUCAUACUGGAGAGAAGCCUCACAAAUGUAAGGAAUGUGGGAAAGCCUUUCAUUGGCGUUCACAUCUUAGCGAACAUGAGUUAAUCCAUAGUGGAGAGAAGCCUUACAAAUGUAGAGAAUGUGGGAAAGCCUUUACUCAGCACUCAAAUCUUGCUGUACAUAUGAGAAUUCACACUGGAGAGAAGCCUUACAAAUGUGAACACUGUGGCAAAGCAUUUGCUCAGCAUUCAACUCUCACUGAACAUAGGAGAAUUCACGUUGGAGAGAAGUCUUUCAAAUGUAGAGAAUGUGGUAAAGCAUUUAUUCAACGUUCAUAUCUUACUAGACAUGAGUUAAUCCAUACUGGACAGAAGCCUUACAAAUGUCGAGAAUGUGGGAAAGCCUUUCACCUGCGCUCUAAACUUACACAACAUGAUAGAAUUCAUACCGGAGAGAAGCCUUACAAGUGUAGACAGUGUGCUAAAGCGUUUAUUCAGCGUUCAUAUCUUACUAGACAUGAAAUCACUCAUACUGGACAAAAGCUUUACAAAUGUAAAGAGUGCGAGCAAGCCUUUCACCUGCACUGUAAACUAACCCGACAUGAG